ACACUCAGAGCAGACUGGAGUUCGCAUUUGGAGAAGCGACAAAAGCUUUGUGGCAUCUUUAAAAUUCUUUGACCUGCUGUGGAGAUACACACAUCUGGCCCAGUAAAUUCAACAGGGAUUCUGGUGAUGAAUCACCUGUGGACUCAGCUGUCAGCACUGCUCCUGCUCGUGUCCUUCUGUCAGCCUCUGAGCCCCGAGGAGAAUGAAGUCCUGAAGCCUCCCCAGGUCACCAAGAGCCUGUUGGUCGACAAUGUUAUCGGAAAUAUAAGUGAAACUACAACUACACCUACCACUUCUCCUCUUUGGAACACAACAAUGACUGAAGUUCAGAAAUCUACUUCAGCAUUUUACUGUCCAGGAAACCAAAUCCUUCUGGAGAACAGCACUGAGUGUGGCUGUCCGCUCCACCUGGUGAAGGACAGGGACAACUGCUCCUGUCCGCCAGGCUUCACUCUGGUGGGAGAGAUGGAGUGUGAAGAUGUAGAUGAGUGCGGUGAAGAGGCAUCUGGUCGUUGUGGUCCUGAUGCCAUCUGCAGUAACACCCCUGGGUCAUACUCCUGUAGCUGUCUUCAUGGUUACUUGAUGGGAGCAGCAGGAUGCCAAGAUAUAGAUGAAUGUGAACUAGCUAGAGUGACGGGACUGCAGGCCUGCCCGGGCAAUGCUGAGUGCAAAAACAAUAUUGGGUCUUUCACCUGUUUGUGCCCUUUGGGAUAUGUAAUGGAUUUAAAUGGAAAAGCCUGUGUUGAUGUGGAUGAGUGCAGCUUUGAAGAGCAGUGUCGUCGUGAGUUGGGGAACGUCUGUAUGAAUACUCCAGGCAGCUUCCUGUGCCAGUGCAGGCCAGGCUUCCGAGCAGAGCACCCCUCAUGUGUCGAUGUGGAUGAGUGUGCAGAGAGUCCCGAGGUGUGCGCCGGUCAGAGUAUGUGUGAAAACUCGCUUGGGAGCUACAAGUGUGUUUGUCAACCAGGUUACCAUGGAAACGGCACACACUGCAAAGAUAAAAAUGAGUGCUUGUCCGGUGACCAUGGCUGUGACACCAAUGCUCGCUGUGGAAACAUUAUUGGCUCCUAUUUCUGCCAAUGCUAUCAAGGCUUUAACGGAGAUGGACACUCCUGCUUUGAUGUUGAUGAGUGUGCAAUGAACAAUGGCCAGUGUGCACAUAACUGUACUAAUGAAUCAGGAAGUUACCGCUGUCAGUGUGCUUCAGGGUACCAACUCGACAAAGAUGGACGUAACUGUACAGAUGUGGAUGAGUGUUUGGCCCUCAGUGGAAGUUGUGCGCAUGGUUGUAUUAACACACAGGGAUCUUAUGAAUGUGCCUGCAGGCCUGGAUACCAGCUGCAUAUCGACGGCUCCACCUGUGUGGACAUUGAUGAAUGUAAACUGCAGAAUGGUGGAUGCUCUCACAUCUGCACCAACUCUCUUGGAGGACACCUUUGUCACUGUCCACCUCCACUACUUUUGCACACAGAUAACCUCACAUGCAAGAAUGUAACAUCCUGCAAGUGGAGAAAUGGUGGCUGUGAACACAUGUGCUCUGUGAGGGCUGAUGGACAGAUCCAGUGCAGUUGUAGAGAGGGCUGGAAACUGGACUCAGAUCUGUGGAGUUGUUUGGAUGUUAAUGAGUGUGGGGACUUCAUGAAUGGAGGCUGUGAGCAACUGUGCAUAAAUCAUCCUGGUGGCUUCAACUGCUCAUGCAGAGAGGGCUACGCUGUGAGAACAGACGACCCUACAAAGUGCCAAUCCGUGUGUGAUCCUCCUUGUCAAAAUGAUGGUGUGUGUGUGGCCCCAAAUAGCUGUGACUGUCCACCAGGUUAUCCAGGACCAGGCUGCUCAGCCAUGUGCUCUCCCCCUUGUGCACACGGGGGCAGCUGUAUAAGGUGGAACAAAUGCUUGUGUCCAACAGGCUGGACUGGAAUAGGCUGCCACACAGCGGUUUGUGAAUUGCCCUGCGCUAAUGGUGGUCGCUGUGUGGGGCCUGAAACAUGCCAGUGUCCCUCUGAUUACACAGGCCCCCAGUGUCUAUUGCCCCUCUGCACACCUGCUUGUCAAAAUGGAGGGAGAUGUGUAGAUGUGAACAAAUGUAUUUGUGUGGGGGGAUGGCAAGGAGCACGCUGCCAGAUAGAACCUGUACAGUGUCAAAAGCCUUGUACAAAUGGAGGAGUAUGUGUAGGUCUUAACAGGUGCCGCUGUACCAAAGGAUUCAUUGGGGUUUACUGUGAAACAGCGGUGACCAUUCCAUGCGUUCCACCCUGCCAACACGGAGGUACAUGCAGCCCUCACAACACGUGCACCUGUGCUGCAGGCACCACCGGCCUCCGCUGUGAACGACUGACAUGCCCAAUGGUUACUACAGUGGUCAGUAUGGCUCGAGCGGUAAGGAAGGCAUUCAGAGAAAGUUAUGUUGAUCGCUGUGGACCUCUUGGUAUACAGCUUUGCACUAAAUACAGGAUGAACCAGGCACGAGUGUAUGUGCAGGCAUAUAGAGUGGGAUAUAAAACUCAGUGUCCAGAGAAGAAGAACACACAAACCACUGUUUAAACAAUGUCACCAGGAAACAGUAGCCCACCAACAAGUAGGCUAUGGUUAACAAAACGUGAACUAAAAUAUUUUUUCAAAUUUAUCACAGAUGGGAGCUACAUU